AUGUUACCACGUCUAGCCACAAAAAUAGGAGGACCAGUGCUGCGAUUUUCCACCGAUAGAUUAUCUUUGGCCGGGCCGUCCUUUAUCACGAAACCGUCUCAAGGUGUAACCGGGUGUACCGAGAUGUUGCUGUUUGCUCGCCAGAUCAGAUUCAUCUCACAGCAUUGGGGAGUCAGCUGCUAUCGCCACACCAAUACCACCAACACAGCAGUAGUAGUGCGCAGUCAUACGUCAGUGCUCCGGAGCGACAACGGCAGCCAAAAUCGAACGAAACCCAGCAUUCCCACUCGCCUAUUUUCGAGAAGCUCCGUUAUCAGCAGAAAGAUGGUGGUUAAACUAACUGAGGAACAGCGUACGGAGCAGCUGAAACCGCUGUUCGCAACCGGCUGGACCAUGGUCGAGGGCCGUGACGCUAUCUACAAGGAGUUCCUGUUCGGGGACUUUAACGAAGCGUUCGGGUUUAUGACGCGCGUCGCACUGAAUGCGGACAAGAUGGACCACCAUCCGGAAUGGUUCAACGUGUACAACAAGGUCCAGGUGACGCUCGCUACCCACGACUGUGGUGGUUUGAGCGAGCGUGAUGUGAAGUUGGCCCAGUUCCUGGACAAGGUAGCCACUGUUGCUAAGUGAAACUUUAUUUUCAUGGUA